AAUCCCCCUAAUAUCAACCAAUAAUUCUUUUGUUUUUGCACAAAAAUCGUCAUUAAUAAAAUAUGGUGUAAAAUACGUAAAUAUUGUAAAAUGGCGUAUAUAAAUGUGGCUGAGUGGUCUCCGGACCAGGUAACGGAUUGGAUAAAAGGGUUGGACGACUCCAUGUACACUUAUGUGUACUCCUUUAUAAAUAAUGGAGUUGGUGGACAUCAAUUGUUGAAUAUAAGACCUUAUGAACUGGAACAGUUGGGAAUGAUAUCCAUAGGUCAUCAAGAAAUAGUGUUGGAAGCAGUCGAGAAUUUAAGGAAUUUUCACUACAAUUUGGAUAAGGAGAAUUUGCAGUUUAUGGCAUUGCAUGUGGCCACUGCCGCCCGAAGUCUGCACCGACAGCUAUCUCUAAAGAAUGGAGAGUCAAUGAUUGAGACACAAGUUCUAAAUGACAUUACAAGAACAAUAGCGACUAUAAAGCCAUUGAUUUGUUGGCUUGAUCGCUCGCCUUUUCAAGGGCAAUUUCAAUUUACCGAAAUAUGCCGUAAAAUGUUGAGACUUGGCCUGGAAAUGGCGACUAUUGCUCAGAGAGAAAGGUUUGUUGAACAUCCGGUUGAACAAAUUCGUACAACUGCUGAAACAUUGGAGCGUUUGGCAAAUUACAUCAUCCAGGAUAUAACGGACCCUAUGCUUUUGCAACCUGCAUCGCUAAACUUAGUCACACUAAAAAAAAGGGAGUCCGAACUUGGUUUUAAUAUUGAAACAAGUUAUCAUGGCAUACAUCGCGUAACAGAUAUAAAACAUAACUCACCAGCUCAUAAUUCUGGUAAAAUCGAAGAUGGAGAUGAAAUAGUGCAGAUAAAUUAUCAAACAGUUGUAGGAUGGCAGUAUAAGACAGUUUUAUUACAGCUAAGGGAGUCAUUACCUGAUGUUUUGUUAACGUUGAAAAAACGACCUAAACAUACGAAGAUAUACGGCCAAAUUUAUAUGCAACCGUAUCGGCUUCCUAGCAAGAAACGAAACAUCGGUGCCCGUUGGGGGGAAAAUGCAACAAGUGCCCGCCCUGGGUUUCUUGCCGUCCCUGAGACUACAUAUAAAAUUCCACUCACUUUGAAUUCAGAGAAUGAGAAAAACGAUGAUGCGGAUACGGAUUCUAUAUGCAGUGAUAUAUUAACGCCAACAGAUGCCAAAGUUUUGGAAAAAGAAAGCCGUUUGUACUAUCCGAAACCAAGAGCAAUGUUACAAAGGCGUAACACCAUAUGUGGCGACGAAAUAUUAAGGCAUAAAAGUUUGGGUUUGGUUUCCCAUUGGAUUGAAAGCAAAGCGGGUAUAGGUACAGAUCCGUCAUCACCAAGUUUACGUGACAAAUCCGUGUCAUUUGGCUUCGGUUUGGAAAUAACUUCUAGACCAACAACUUGUAUUGGCAUUAGUGGCGGCCCUAACGCUAAAUACGCGAGCGAAUUCGGCGAUAACAAGAAAUUGCGCCAAAUUGUUGAGCAGCCAAAUGAGCAAGCACUUUCUUCGAAGCCAGGCGUUUGUAAAGUUGUACGCUUCGACUCAGGCAUGAAGGCGGAGGACUAUACCCUUGAUGAGAAAUAUACGUGUAAUGUUCAAAACACGAUACUGGAAACUUUUGAGCCUAUUCCAUUUGUAGAUGAGGAAGAUGAUGGUAUUGAAGCAUUGCGUUUCGCUCAGGAAAAAACUGAAAAAGUCUUAGACACACUUGAGAGAAUUGUUGGUGGUAAUCCCAACAACUCUUUAGUAGAAACUAUCAAUGUUCCACUUGUAGUAAGGCGUGGUAGAUUGGAUAAAAGCCAUAGUACACCGACGUAUGACAACUCCGGUGAAGAUUCAGACACACCUCCUGCAAUUGAGCCGCGCAAAGAAUUUCUUUUGAUAACUCCACCAGUACCGCCGCCUCGUCCCAAGAAGCAAAUUGUUCCUGUACCACCACCGAAACCCCCUGGUUUAAUGCAAACAAUGUAUGCUUCUGCCACUACACAAGCUCAAGCUAUUCAGAGUUUAACUUCACCCCCUCAGAAAUUAACCACCAAAUCGCAAAUAUUAUCACCUACUAAUGCGGAUGAAGUAGAUAAGUCACCAAACUGCAGUAAUAGUUCGUUGUCAUUAUCAGCGGUUUACACCGAUUCUCCAAAUGAAAGUGGCGAACUUCAUACACCCACAAAAACUCGUGUCUUGACGCUGAAAAAGAAACACAGCUUAAUAAAUAAAAGACGAAAUGUAAAUCUUAAGUUGUUAGGUACAGGUGAUAUACAAGGAUAUUUGUACAGGCGAACCAAAGACAAGCGUGGCGUGACUUUUUGGGCACGUUUAUACUUUGUUAUGAUGGACACUAUAUUAUAUGGAUUCCGAUCAAAAGAAUCAUCAAAGGCUAAUUGUGUUAUAUUUUUGCCUGGUUUUACGGUGUCGUUAGCAAAGGAAGUACAUUCAAAAACGUUUGCCUUUAAGGUUUACCAUUCAGCUAAAACCUUUUAUUUUGCUGCGGAGUCUCAAGAUGCACUAAGCCAAUGGGUGGAAUUCAUUCGUCAGUCUACCCUAACUUUGAACACUUCUAUAUCUGGUUCUGAGGCAGCAGUUAACGCCCAUGACCUGUUUUCUGAGAAUGAAAGUUCAAGUGAAGAAAGUGAAAACCAUGUUAUUACACCAUGUACGCCUUCCCCCCAAUCUGGUAAGGAUUCUCCCCAAAGUCAAUUGGUAACUGGGAAAUCGCAAAACAAUACACCGAUUUCAACAAAAAGUGACCGGCGAUAUUUAGGCUCAUUAAGAAAACUUACUAAGGGCUCCUUACAAUUCAAAAGUUCGUCGACGAGCGAAAAAAAGAUAUCGAAUGACAUACCAGUACCUACUGAACAGUUUCGUUCUUAUAGAAAAGUACCAGGUGGUAGCUUCGGUAUACAAAUAGGUGCUAAUACACCAGGAUAUCAUGAUUCAACAAUGCAUCCAUUUAAUAUGUCAAAUAGUUCUAUCUGUGAAGAACAACAAAUGGCAACAAAAACUCUUGGCACGGCUGUUUCUUCGCCUUCGGAAAGUAAUCCGUUACCACUAAUGCUUUCUCAAACAGGCAAAGUCAAUACUUUUUGUGAUUCUACGUUGGGAAGUCUAGAACCUCCUACUUCGCCUGCACCAUUGCCGUCUCAUCAAAAAGAAUUCGCCCAAGCAGUAUCAACAGUAGUAACGGAUACGCACACGCCACAAUAUCCCUCUUCAAACGUGACGAGUCCUAGCAAAAGUAUUAAAAAAAUACCAUACAAUUUCAUCCAUGCAUCUAAUCCAAAUUUGGUCGAAUUUGAUUUCCAAACUUCGCGGACAUUGGAUUAUAACUUACCGAAAAUAAACUCGAGUAAUGCUUGGGACGCGCUACCCAACAACAUUCAAGGAUUUGUUACACUCAAAGAUUUAAUGCUACAAAAACAGGAGGAAGAGGCACAAGAAAUGUAUAAUAAUCGUGUUUUGUUGGGGGUUGAAAAAAAAGACGAACACAAAAGAAGUGCACCUCAAAAAUCGUUAGCGCAGGUUAAUGAAGCAAUGGAAAGCAAUCAAAAUUCAGAGGAUAGUAAAAAAGUUUCCAAAACCCAAAGUCGCAGCCUACCAAAACCUCCCGACUAUGAAAUUAGUUUUAAACCUGAUGAUGAAGAUAUUCAACUCACGCGAACGAAAGAAGGAUUAAAAUUAAGGGACUUUGGUUAUGAACUAAUAUCAGGCGAUGAACCAUUAGGAACAUCAUCGAUUUCAAGACAUUUCAUACAUACUGCACGUCAAUUUCAUCAUCAUUCGGAUACUCAUGAUUCAAGCAGCACUAAUGGCAGUAAUUGGGCAUCGGCAAUGAAGUCUAGGCCAUUUUUGCUAUCUUCAAAUAAAAACAAGAAGAACUCAACGAGUAGUAGUUGCUCGUCUGCCGAUUUUAAUGUUAACACUACAGGGGAAAGAAGAUUAGGAAGUUUUAAGAAGAAGGGAAAGUUAGAAUCUUUUAAGACUUCGAGUGAAAAAAUUUUUCAGUUUGGAAAACAUUCUUCCGGAGGAAACGUUGGCGUUGUUGGUACAACAAUGACACUACCGCUCAAUAAAAAAUCAUUUAACCCUACACAUGAUGUAUCGGGCACUUCAGGUAUUAAGAAAAGCCAUACAUACAAUAAUGAUUUAAAAGAAAAAGCUGCUAAAUACGAUGCUCAGCGCAAAAAUUCUGCCCCAAUGCCAAUCUUUGGUAAGCUCAGUUUUUCAAGUUCGGCUUCUACUACAAAUGCAAAUAGUAAAAAUGAUAACAAAAAGGACAAAAAAAAUUGUAACUCCCCCUUACUUCACCGAUCGACAGGUCAUCAUAAUAAUGCCAAUAGUUCGCAAGCUGGCUCUACGUCUGCGUCAAGUAAUACAUAUUCAGGGCGUGAUUAUGACCACGAGAUAUUUUCGCAAGUGAUAUUCCCUAAAAAGAGUUCGAAUCGCAAACAGAGCAUUAUGCCACCAGUUGCGAAUACUGAAAUUAUAACAGCUCCCGAUGUAACAGCACCUCCGCCACCAACAAAGACACCAAGCACAAAUGCAAAUGACUUAACAAUACAAUCAUCAUCUUCUAACGCACCCACGACCGAAUAUCCUAACAUGCAAUGUCCCCCAGUAUUCGAACCGGACAUCUACUCACUGGACCCAAAUGCAAGUUUACUCCUCAGAAGGAAUAAUAAUAACAACCACAGUGUCAGUGAAGAUAAUUGACUUACCAGCAUAAACAUUUAAGAAAAUAAAUAAUAUCAAAUUUAAAAUUUGUCUUAUUUAAAUUUAACUUAAUUGGCAAUACACAUACAAAUUUUUAAUAUUUAUAUAUAGUAUGUCUUAAAGCAGCAUAAAUUGUAUUAUUAUUUCAUCGAACUGCAUUUUUUAUAUCAUUGUGUAAUUUAGUGUCUUCCCUUUAGUUAAAACUUACUCAAAACAUGUAUUGUUUAAGGUUAUGUCUAUUUUUCGUAGUUAAAUUUUGACCUAAAAAUAUAUUUUGAAAAUACAGGUCUUAUUCGAAAUUUUUGGAAUCGACUAGUGAUACUAAGUGGAAGUAAAAUGCAAAGCAAAUUUCAAAACAUGUACAUUAUAUAACUUUCCUCCACAGAUAAACCUUAAAUAUCCAUUAAAAUAAUGAAUGUACAUACAUACAUAUUUUACAUAAACACA